CGGAAUAAUGCUCUUAUUCCCACGAUGGUUUGCUUGUCGUUCAAGGACGCCGGGACUGCUGGUUCUGUCUACAAAAUAUCGCAAUGGCGUCCAGGAUUGCACUGAAUACGUUCAAGGCAUCUGCCCGUACACGCGCAGUGCCCACUGUCGCCCGCGCUGUCAAUGCCCGUGUCAUGAGCACGUCAAAUCCCCCUCCUUCCGAGCGUGCUUCGGAAAUCAUAAAUUCCCUCCCGUCCUCCCCCAACCUCAUCACCAAGACUGGCACUGCCAUCCUCGGUACUGGCCUUCUUGCUACGGCCAUCUCCCAAGAACUCUAUGUCGUAAAUGAGGAAACUGUGGUUGCGGCAGGGACAUUUAUUCUCCUUGCUUACCUUGCCAGGCUCAUCCGUGAACCCUACCGUGACUGGGCCAACGGCCACAUUGAACGUGUCAAGACCGCUUUGGAGAACUCGCGUGCCGAACAUACCCAAGCUGUAAAAGACCGCAUCAACUCUGUUGAACAGAUGAAGGACGUUGUGUCGCUAACGCACGGUCUCUUUGCCGUUUCGAAGGAAACUGCCGAGUUGGAGGCAGGAGCCUUCGUCCAGCGUCAAAAGGUUGCACUGGCUUCUGAGCUCAAGGCCGUUCUGGACAGUUGGGUGCGGUACGAGCAACAGCUGAAGGAGAGCGAGCAGGCUGAGCUUGCAAAAACCAUCAUUGCAAGGGUCACGUCUGAUCUUACGGACGAGAAGAUGCAGAAGGAGAUAUUGGCCAACGCUGUGGCAGAGCUUGAGCAACUUGUGAAAAGCAAAGCGAUUUAGGGAGGUCGUGGCUAGCUAGAUUACCAUUACCGAUAGAAAACGUAGCACGACGUGCCCUUUUUUAUCGUACUUGUUUGGCUUGAAUACUAAGAUGGUCGCAUGUCCAAAC